GACUUCCGCUAGCAGCUAGCAGCUAACGGCGGUGAAGAUGUCCCGGUCCGGUCGGUACGGAGGAGAGAGCAAGGUGUACGUGGGGAACCUUGGUACUGGUGCAGGUAAAGGUGAGCUGGAACGAGCCUUCGGGUACUACGGUCCUCUCAGAACCGUGUGGAUCGCCAGGAACCCUCCAGGGUUCGCCUUCGUGGAGUUUGAAGAUCCUCGAGAUGCUGAUGAUGCCGUCAGAGGCUUAGACGGACCAUCUGUGGGAGUCGUGUGCGGGUGGAACUCUCGACAGGAAUGCCGCGGCGCUCUCGGCACGAGCGGCCGCCGGCCCGCCGGCCGUUCGACCCGGACGAUAAAUGUUACGAGUGCGGAGAGAGAGGUCACUACGCCUACGACUGCCACCGCUACGGCCGCCGCAGCCGCAGGAGCAGGUCCAGGUCCCGGUCCAGGUCCAGGUCUCGAGGGAGGAGGUUCUCUCGCAGCCGGAGCCGAGGGAGAAGGUCCAGGUCUUCCCCCAGAAGGUCUCGCUCUGCAACACCGAGGAGGUCCAGGUCCAGGUCGGGUUCUGGAGGACGCAGCAGGUCCGGUUCUAUGGGCCGCUCUCGCUCCAGAUCUGCUGCCAGAAGCCGCUCGACGUCUCGCCGCCGCAGUGAGAGUUCGGACGGAGGCGACUGAAGGUUUCGUCGGUUUCGGAGCAGAUUUUGUUGUUUUGUGAGUUUUUCUAUGAAUGAAAUGUGUUUUUUUUUUCUUGUAGCUGCUUUUGGCUUCACGCGUCAUUAUAAUUAUAAUGAUGAUUAUUGAUUGUUGAGUAGUUCGUCCUCCAGCUGACGGAGGUGGGAGGAGUCAGCUGACGGAGGAGGGAGGAGUCAGCUGACGGAGGUGGGAGGAGUCAGCUGACGGAGGUGGGAGGAGUCAGAUGUGAUGAUUGAUUGUUGGGUAGUUCGUCCUCCAGCUGACGGAGGUGGGAGGAGUCAGAUGACGGGGG